AUCUUCUUUCCUUCCCAAUCCUACUAUUUGCAGCUCCACUCUGGAUAUAUUCCUCAUCUUGGCAGGAUACAUCACCAACAAUCGCCGCUAACAGCCUCGAUCUACCAUGGAGCCCGCAGCAGCAGGCGCUCUCUAUGCCGCCGAGAACCUUCUCUCUGGUGCAGCAGCUUUGGUCAAAGGAAUCACCCAUCCGACUCUCCCCCUGAAAGCCAACCUCACUCGCAUCGAAUCUGUACCAUUGCCACGGUCCGGCCACUCCCUCUCCGUCGUUAAAGGACGAGCGUACGUGUUCGGCGGCGAGACGGCACAUGGCGAACUUGCGGACAAUGACAUGCACAUCAUAAUUCUACCUUCUUCAGGUGUUCUAGAGGCAGACUAUACUACCUUGAAAGCGCGACCCGAGACCGCCGGCGGAGCGGUUCCCGCUUCGCGCAAAGGACACUCGAGCGUGGUGAUAGGAGACAGUAUAUACAUCUUCGGCGGCGAAGGCGUACAGGAAGAGAAUGGCAGGAUCUGGGUCUUGGACACCCUAAGGAAUACCUGGUCGUUCCUCGACCCCGCGCCAGACACAGCAGCGCCAGCUCACCGAACCGGUCACGCGGCGGUAGCAAGUGGACUGCCAGGACCUAGAAAUGUUACCUACAAGGAGAAGGCACCGCAGCAGCCCGUCGACCCAGCAAAGGUUGUGCCUGAACCGGCCGACGCUGAUUCGUGGGGAACGAUAUUCGUGGUGGGAGGAAGGGAAACAGGGACCGGAGAUCUAGCCAAGGACGCGCUGGCUUUCGAUGUGCGGUCCCGCACUUGGUCGAACAUACCCACACCAGACGGGCCACCCACCGAGGGAGCCAGCCUCGCGCUCGUGGGUAACAGUCUGUACCUGUUCGGAGGCAAGACAGCCACUGAGACAGGAGAAAGCGCGACAGCAAAGACGCAGGUCCUCGACGCGUCGUCCGUGUGGCAGCAUGCUGAGGAUGGCACCACGCCCCUCGCCAGCGGUUGGGCGUGGGAUUCUCUCUCUGCCUCCUCAGCAGCGAACAGUUCGUCGAGUCUCACUCCCUCACCCAGAUUCGCGGCGGGACUGGAGGACGUGACCACGGGCCAGGGGAGGCACUACCUCUUGCUCUUUGGAGGUUCCUCGCCGGCGCCAGAUAACAACAUCACUCUGCUCGAUGACGUUUGGGCGUUUCAGCUGCCGUCUGAGCGCGCGAGUGCGGCAAUUGCAAAGGAUGCUGUACGAGCAGGUCUGAAAAGAGAGACGCAUGAAGCGCACUGGGCGGAGGUGGGAUGCAGGUACAUGGAUACGAGGGGUGAUGAGCUGGCGCAAGAAAAGAGUGGGAUCAAGGGGUUCGGGUCGAGAAGCGGGUUUGCGGCAGCGAAAGGAACAGAAGUCGAUGGGGCUAGUGUCGUGGUGUGGGGUGGGGUGGACGCUGAAGGACGGAUUCUGAGCGAUGGGUGGCUGAUCACUGCGGAGAGGUAGCUAGGGGUAGAGGACAAAGCCUGGCGACAUUACAGAUGUCACG